AUGUUUUUAAAAUAUGACAUUAAAUGUCCAACAAAUAUAACAUCAAAUGAUCAAAUUGGAUUUGGUGUUGCUAAAUGGAGCCAUAUAAAGGAGUUUUAUGAAACAGAUAACACCAAUCCCAAUUUUUUGUUUGCACCUUGCUUAAAACAAGAACAUUUAAAUCCAAAUACGAAGCAGAAGAUGAAGGUGAAGCUAGCUGCACAAGUGUUAAGCCACUCAGUUGCUGCAGGAAUGUAUGCUAAAAUGUCACAAGGGGAACUCUCUUCAUAG